CAAAGGCAGCAUCCACCCCCCGCGGCAACGGGCAGGAAGGGGCGGAACGGGGCGGAGCGGCCACGGCGGAGCGGAGGCUGCGGCUGUGAGGGCACCAGGGCAUCACCAUGUCCCAGCCCAUCUCCUGCCCCAAGGAGCAGGGGGAUGCCGCGGAGACCCCCCCCAAGCCAGCACCAUUGGGAUCCCCCCUUCUCUUCCCUCGGGAGACGCUGUUCCGGCAGGCAGGGGGGGUCACCUACCGCAUCCCGGCGCUGCUCUACAUCCCAUCGGCCGCCACGUUCCUGGCCUUCGCCGAGAAGCGUUCCUCAGCCAGGGAUGAGGAUGCCAAGUACCUGGUGCUGCGGCGGGGCCGGCGGCACGGCCCCUCGGUGCAGUGGGGCCCAGUUCAGGACCUCUCCGCUCUGACCCUUCCCGGCCGCCGCACCAUGAGCCCGUGUCCCCUGUACGACUCCAGGACCGGCACCACGUUCCUGUUCUGCAUCUGCGUGGAGCGGGGCCGCUCGGAGCGGGGCCAGCUGUGGUGCGGCCGCAGCGCCGCCCGCCUCUGCUUCGCCACCAGCACCGACGGCGGCCGCGCCUGGAGCCCGCUGCGGGACGUGACGGAUGAGGCCAUCGGCACGGACCUGCCCCGUUGGGCCACGUUCGCCGUGGGGCCAGGCCACGGCAUCCAGCUGGAUUCGGGGCGCUUGGUGGUGCCGGCGUACGCCUACUACAUCCACAGGCGGCUGUGCGGGCUCGUGCCGCUGCCCUGCUCCACGCGGCAGCAUUCCCUGGUGUUUUACAGCGAUGACAACGGUUGCCGCUGGCACAAAGGUGCCCUGCUCGGUGGCCGGCGCACGGGCGAGUGCCAAGUCGCCCAAAUCCACGGGGAUGAUCCCGAUGUUCCCGUGCUCUAUUGCAGCGCUCGGGCGCCGCGCGGGUGCCGGGCCGUGGCGCUCAGCACCGACCUCGGGCUGCGCUUCCAGCCCCUGCUGCGGUGCCCGGUGCUGGCUGAGCCCCCACGGGGGUGCCAGGGCAGCGUCGUGAGCUUCCCCGCACCGCAUCACACCGGCCCCGGCCCCGCGCCCGCCUGGCUGCUCUACUCCCAUCCCAUCGACCGGCACCGCCGCCGCGAUCUGGGCCUCUACGUGAACCCCUCGCCGCUGGACCAGGACGGGUGGUGGCACCCAUGGGUGCUGCGGGAGGGGCCGGCCGGGUACUCGGACCUGGCUGCGUGUCCCGGAGGGUUCUUUGGGUGCUUGUUUGAGUGCGGCGCUGAGAGCGCCUGGGAGGAAAUCGCCUUCUGCCUCUUCAGCCUGGGCACGGGGAGCCGCGGCGAGCGGAGCAGCGGUGCCUCCUGAACGGAGCCGGCUCUCGGGGGCAGCAUUCCCGAG